CGCCAGUCUUCCACUGACCGGCAUCGACUCCGCACCUCACACAAAAACGGCACCGAGCCAAAAUCUGUUGACGAUCCGAUCCUCGCGUCGUGUGUGAUUCCAUUUGUGUCGUCCAGCAUCAUUUGUUACUGGAAUACGAAAUUACCGAGGGAAAUUCAGUUCCGUUUCGAGACGUGACGAUUUUCGUGCAAUCAAAAAAAAAACAUAAAUCCAAAAAACAAAACAAAAAGUGGUGGUGCCCAUCAUUUGACUUUUGUUCUCCUCCUAUCUCCUUGCACAGAGUGUCACCUUUAAAGCAGCAGCCGAAUGACAGCAGCGUCAGCCAAUUCCGCCAUCAUGAGCCGUCAUCAGCACCAGCAGCAGCAACAACAAGGCCGGAUGAUGACGACAACAACCCUGACCGCAACCGUCCCGACGAUAUUGCUCCUCCUGUCGACAUUCUCAUCGCUGAUGGCAGCAGGGUCCGCGGCGGUGAUGGCGGCCGAUGUGUCGGACGGAACGACUUGCACCUUCACGUCGAGAAACUACGCGGUCGGCGACGUCUGGUACCCGCGACUGGGCCAACGCGGAGCCCUUCACUGCGUCGCCUGCAUCUGCCAAGAGGGCGGCAAAAUCAACUGCACCAUUCACGAAUGCGGCGGCCAGGAUUGCGCCUCGCCCGAGUCGGCCGCCACCAACGAAUGCUGCGUCCACUGUUCCAAAGAGGCCACGAAAUCGACGACGACGACUCUGACGGCGGCUUCGACCCGUCCGGCCCCUUUCUACCCGGAGGAAGUUCCAGUGUCUUCGUUCUCGUCUUCGGAUCUCAGCGGCAGUUCGACGUCGUCGGGCGUCACCUGCUUGCACAACGGCAACGUCUACCGCCACAAGGAGCGAUUCACGUCGUCCAACGUCGGUCUCAAACCGGAGCACGCCGACCAGUGCGUCCAGUGCUCUUGCGAGGGAGGAAUGGUCAUGUGCCAACUGAAAGAUUGCCCAAAAGUGGACUGCGACAACCCCAUCCGAACCAAGGACGAUUGUUGCCCGGUUUGUCCAGAUCCGGCUGGCAGAGUGGACGAGAUGGACAAUUCGCCCGUCAUUAUCCAGCAGCAGCCGGACGGAACCAACAGCAAGUUGGAGGACUGCAUCUCCGGCGGGCGAUAUUACCUGCACGGGACGACUUGGCACCCGGUGAUGGGUCCAUUUGGGCCAAUGGACUGCGUCAAUUGCAAAUGCAAAUCUGGCAGGAUCGAAUGCCAACGGCUGGAAUGUCCCAGUCGGCCGGCGCUCAACUGCGAAAGGCCCGUCAAAGUCGCCGGCCGCUGCUGCCCCGUCUGUCCGCUCGAGGGAGACAUCCAAGGUCCCGUGACGCCGCUCCUGUCAUCUUCGCCCAUCACUGGGACGCGGUCCAACAUCCAAGCCACAUCUGGAAUCGGCAGCGGCCGGAACAAGACGCCGUCAGCAGGUCGCCCCAUGUCGCCUCCUUCCUCGUCUUCGCUCAUCAAAUCGUCCACUCAUCACGGCAACUUCACCCUGUGCUUGCCCAGAGAAUACGACGUCGUCGUCUACCGGGCGCAGGGCGGUGGCAACGCCUCCGAGUUCAUUCAGUACAUUUUCCAGCAAGUGGUCAACGGCCAGGCCAUCGAGCACCACCUGUGGAUGCUGCAACCGACCGUGACAACCUACAAAGUCCAGGAUCUGACCAGGGACCAGUCGGAGGCCUUACGUCAACGCUUUCGCUUCGUCCUUCUCGGCGCCACCGCCACCAAGCACGUCAAACGCUUCACCAAAAGGGAAAAGAAACUCAAACCCAAAUGCCUGCCCAAUUCCGGAUGCCCCAAGAAGAUCCGACGACUGGAGCGCAACCUCGCCUUCCAGGAGGUGACCAGCCGCAAGGGAUGUUUGCCCAUCGAAGUCGAGGCCAACACUCGCUGAAUCAAGUCACCCAUACUUUUGUCACGGUUGGCCAUCGAAACAAUUGGAUCAGUCUAAACGUUAUUUACUCGAACCUCCAUCAACUUUUGCAAUAUCAACUGAACU